AUGGAAGAAAAUAGAGAGGGCCGUGGCCUUGCAGAGGGCAAGAUUUUGUCUAUCUGGACGAUUUUGUUUGUGGUGUUAGUUUUGUUGCCUUCGAUGUUUAGAGUGUCAUUGGGGAUUUCUCAUUUCUAUGUGAAAAUUGUAAUAAAAAUGUUAGAGUGGGCCACCCUGCAGAUUGAGGAGGGAGUAAAAAAGCGGAAGGCGCUGGCACUUGAAAAUUUAAUCUCCACUGACUCAUCUCCUCAUGCAGGGAUCAUCCAGAGAGAGGAAACCUCUAUGGAAGAGGAGAUUGCUGGCCAGCGCCAAGGAUGCUUCAACCUUGCUGAUGUUAUGUACUUCUCCAAGAAGGGGUGUGAGGCAGUUGCAGAAGACGAAGUCACCCGACGGUUCUCCUCUGAGGAGCUGGUGUCCUGGAAUCUCCUCAGCAGAACCAAUGCCAACUUGCACCGUGUCAGCUGGCAACUGACCAUUGUGUGGGUCACUGGGAUCCUAAUGCGGUAUUGUCUCCUGAUGCCUUUUCGCGUCUGCUUGGCUGUUUUCAGCAUCCUCUUGCUGGUCUUGGCCACUACGGUAGUAGGACAGUUUCCAAAUGGCAGAGUUAAAUGCUGGCUGAGCAACCAGGUUCAGAUGAUAUGUGCCACGUUAGGUGUCCGAUGUCUGAGUGGUCUCGUUCAUUUCCACAACAGGGAAAACAGACCACGGGAAGGAGGCAUCUGUGUAGCCAACCACACAUCUCCAUUAGAUGUUCUAAUCCUGGCCAGUGAUGGAUGCUAUUCCUUGGUUGGCCAGGCACACGGCGGGCUUCUGGGACUUAUUCAAAAAUCUUGCAUGCAAACCACUCAGCAUGUUUUGUUUGAACGCUCAGAAAUGAAAGACCGUCAUCUGGUGAGGAAAAAAAUUAGAGAACACGUUGCAGAUAAGGCCAAAUUACCCAUUUUAAUUUUCCCAGAAGGUACCUGCAUAAACAACACAUCAGUAAUGAUGUUUAAGAAGGGAAGCUUUGAGGUAGGAGGGACCAUCCACCCGGUAGCAAUCAAGUAUGACCCCCGCUUUGGAGAUGCAUUCUGGAACAGCACGAAGUAUUCCAUGAUGACCUAUGUUUUUAAUGUGAUGACCAGCUGGGCUAUUGUCUGUAAUGUGUGGUACCUGCCACCAAUGGUCAAAGAGGAAGAAGAAGAUGCUGUUCACUUUGCCAACAGAGUCAAGGCUGUCAUUGCUGCUCGGGGAGGAAUGUCUGUGCUUCCUUGGGAUGGGGGACUGAAAAGGAAAAAGGUCAAAGAGUGUUUCAAGGAAGAGCAACAGAAAAAGUAUUGCCAGAUAGUAAUAGAAAAUGGAUCUGUGGGAAACGGAAAUGUUUGUUAAACAGUGUUUCUUUUAUCUUGUUUUUCCAUGACCUAUGUCCACCAGAAAAUGGGCUUUUUUUAUAUUAAACACAACAUAUUUUCCUUCUGUCCCUGUAAGAUAUUAUGUAUGACACAGCAGGGAAACAGUAAAGAGAUAAUGUUUUGUAUUAAAUAAGGAUAUCAUUUUAUAAAUAGGAAGAUUUACAAUAUACUAGUAAAAUUCUCUCUGAUGUUGAAUGAAAAGAAUCUGCAAUAAAACUACCUAGGUUCAUUAAAACACUGUUUUUUAAAUCUUUGCAUUACCCUGAAGACCUAAAUGGUAACUUUUUAACUCGUAAGAAAACACCUCUGUACUCCUAGCCUCUAUCAGUAACUCGGACUAGCAGUUUUCCUGUGAGCCACAGUCGCUGCGUUGCUGUAGAGACGGAUCUCCUGAUGUCAGAAGACAUUAAACAGUUCACCAAAAUACGUUUUCCGAAUUGCAAGUGGGAGAGGAAGUGUUGGAUGUCAGAGAGAAAGAGACAGUCGCUGACUUCCCCCCCGCCAUCACACGACGAGGGAUGGCAACGCAGGGAGUUUUCCAGGCUCCCCCUGACAAACAGCAGGACAGUGUCCAGGGCAGCUGGUCCCUGAUCCUGGGAUAAAUCAAUCACAGCCAAGGACAAU